CUUGGUAGCCAUGCGCACAUGGAAGAGAUCUGCCGCGCUUUGAGGCCAGCCUCCCGAGUCCUGGACUGCUUGCCUAUUGUUUCUACCCCACCUUGGCCUUGACUGAACCUGAAACUGUCAAACCACAUCGCUACAUGCCACGCAUCUGUAAAUCAAGGAGAAAUCUCAAUUCUGUCAUGAGUGUGGGUAAUGCACGAAACUCUGUGCCUUGAUGGCAUUCUAGAUUCCAAAUAAAAGUCGCUAGAAACGCAGCUGCCGUUCGUGAACUAGGAGAAAUCAGGGACAGCGCGCACACGGUGUAUAGGAGGAGAACGGCAUUGGAUCGGCGCGUAAGGGUGGGUGCAGCACCAUGGUGAGUCUCUCCAAUGGCGUCCUGGCCGCCCUGAACUCGGUCACCCUCGUCGUCUCCGUGGUGCUCAUCGGCGCGGGCGCGUACGUCCUGGCGCAGCCGGCCACCGAGUGCCAGCGCCUGGUGCGGGUGCCCGCCAUGGCGCUGGGCGCGGCGCUCCUCCUGCUCUCGCUCAUGGCGCUCGCCGGCGCGUGCUGCCGCGCCACGCCGCUCCUCUGGGCCUACGUGGCCUGCAUGUUCCUGAUCCUCACCGGCAUGUUCGUGGCCACCGCGUUCGCCUUCGCCGUCACCAACAGGGGCGCCGCCGCUGCCGUGUCCGCGGCCGGUUACGGGGACUACCGGGUCGGGGACUACUCCGACUGGCUGCGGGACAGGGUCUGGGACUACGAGACGUGGAGCCGGAUCCAGAGCUGCCUCGCCGACGCGGGCGUGUGCGCCGGCGGCGGCUGGCUCGGCGGCGUCCAGGGCGGGAUCAACGCCGGCGAGUUCUACCACCAGUACCUGCCGCUCGUUCAGUCCGGGUGCUGCAAGCCGCCGGCGUACUGCGGGUUCGAGCGCGUGAACGCGACGUUCUGGGCGGCGCCCGGCGGGACCACGGCGGCGGACGCCAUGGACUGCCGGGCGUGGAGCAACGACGCGCGGGUGCUGUGCCUGCAGUGCAACGCGUGCAAGGCCGCCGUGGUGGACUCCGCCAUCCACCACUGGAAGGCCGUGGCCGCGCUCAACGUCGCCGCCCUGCUGCUCCUCAUGAUCUCCUACUCGCUCGGCUGCUGCGCCAUCCGCAGCAACCACAGGCGCCGGUACUACUACUGACCGUCCACCGUCGCCUUCGUUCACGGGGAAUGGUGGUGCGCCGGGACCGGGCGAGGCGGCUGUUGCUUUUGAGCUGGUUUGGGUUCAGGGUUGUUUCAAGCUUCGGAGUUCAGACAGAGAUUCAGAGUGGUACAUGUUUGUGGCGAUCUGUUCUUAUUUUCCCCCUCUGUUUAGUACACAGUGUAGAUGUAGAGGGUGUGUCAUAUUUGUUUGACAUUGUGUGAAAGAAACCAACGGAUG